CUCACCAAACCCAAAACCACCGCCUCGUCGAUCCCACAUUCCACCUUCCCUCCCGUUUCCGCCCGCAAAUUGCCUCCUCCAUCCAAACCCUAGGCCUCAAGCCCUCCGCCACGCUCCCCCUCCCGCUCCUGCUCUGCGGCAAUUCCGCGAACACCUCGCGCGCAUCUCCCCGCGUUUCCACGGCCAGCCGGGCAACUUCUCCGAGCGCCCUGGCGAUGGCGAACCACGAGGCCGCGGAGGCCGCCUCCAUUCGCAACGAGGCCCGGGAGGUUCUAAACCUCUACUCCGACAGCGAGCACGAGGCUGCGCUGGCCCGCGCCGUAGUGCUCGCCGCCGUGCACCCGGGCUCCGCGGUCGCUCUCAACCUCGCCGGAUUGAUCCACCGCCACGCCGCCCUCAUGGCGCGGAUCGAAAGGGGCGCCCACGGCGACGACGAAUACGACGACGAGAACGCGUCCGCGCUGGAGAUGUACCACCGCCACGCCGCCCUCGACGCCUUCUCCGCCGCUGCGCGUCUCGCCCCCAACUGCGUCGUCACCAACACCGACCACGCCGUGGCGCUCGUCCACUGCCGUCGCUUCGAGGACGCGCAGAAGGAGUUUCUCCGCAUGCUCGACACGGUCGCGAACAACGACCAAGCCGACCCGGCGCUGUACAACGUGUCGUACGACAUGAGCGGGGACUCGAGCAAGAAGGGGAGAAUGCGCGACGCCGUGAAGAGCGCCAGCACCGCCAUGGAGCGCUUCGCGGCAAGAAUCAACCACAGGAUUCUGCCAUUGGAGGCCGCCAAGUUGCUGGACGCCAGCAAUCUCGGCGGGCCCGCUGCCGAUGAAGCGCGAGACCGUGCAAAGCUUCUCGCCGAGACCUACCCCUACUCGCCGCGCGCCCAGCUACUCCGCGCGUACAUCGACUUGGCACCAGUCCGUGCCCUCGAUCCGGCAAUGGACAAGAAGCAGCUUCUGCGCCGCGCGCUCACCACCGUGUCUCAAGCGGCAGAAAACUUCGACCACUCGCUCAUGGUUGCCUUGUUCCACGCCAAGCUCUUGUUCGUCCUGGAUAACUUUGAUGCUGCGGAGCGAGAGUGCCGCCGGGCACUUCGCAUGGAGACACCGAAUGACCCCAAUUGGGAUGACAUACCUCCCAUGGCUGCUCUUGGGGCAGAUUCUGAUUCCAGAGUAUCUUAUGUCAAGAAGCAGCUCCAUGUCUUGCUCAAGCAGAUCAUAGUUGUGGCUGCACUAUAUUGGUCCUCUAUGAAGAAUGCACCGCAGGGCCAACGCGUCGUAUCGGUGACGGUUGACACGCUACAUGCGCACUAUGAUGGAAUCGACAAGUCGGCAGCAAAGACCAUAUCUGAUGCAACGCGCUUUCUCAAGAAUCAGGAGUCAUGGAGUUUCUGGAUUUGCCUCAAUUCCCGUUGUGAUGGAAAGAAGUUUUCGGACACUAGUUCGCUCUGGCAACACACGUGCAGCAAGCACCGAGAUGAGCUCUGGGGGAAGCUGCAGUCACUUAUAGAUCCAGAAUAUUGGGAAAAUACAUCACAGGAUGAUCACUCGUUGGUUGGGAUAACUCUCAGCCACCAGUCUGACGCCUUCCUUUUACCAAGGGUGCAGGAUAUGUUUGAAUCCUUGCUGCUUUCACCAUCUGUUGGAAUACAGGCAGAGCCCUUUGCUGAAAUGCGACAAAGGAAAUGCAGAGAAGGAUCUGAGAUCCUUGGGAGCAUCAGGGAGAAGCUGAGGAUGUUGCCUAAAGAUACACUUAGCACUGAGUUUCAGGAGUGCUGUUCUGGAAUAGAGAAAUUAUGGCUAAAGUUUCUUGAAGUUACUUUUGUGGACUAUCGUGAGAUCAUUCUUCCCCUUGCGAGAUCAUACCAAUGGAUAGAAUUGAAGAAACGGAUUCCUUUUUAUCUAAAUCAUCCUGGUACUAGGCGUAUUGGAUUUGCUGAUGCCAAUAUUGAUAUUAUAUGCGGAACUUCUGGCCAAUCUGUCAAGGAAAUGGCAAGCACCUCCAGUUCUCAACAAAGCCUUACUGUUUCCAACAAGAACAAUGCUGAUAAAGAAUUGUCUAUCUUGAGUGUAAUCAUACAGUCAUUGUGCAAUCUGAGGCAUUUCAGAGAUAAACUUCUGAUGGGGCCACUUGUAUGGAUCCCGUCCGUUGAAAAUCCCUGCAUUGCACAGCAAUUUUAUGAAAUCUUCUCUUCUUGGGAGAAAAACGACCACCACUUAACCGAUGUUGUACUGACUUGCAUGAAGACUCUUCUCUGCAGAGUUGCAGAUUACAGCACUUUUUAUGAAAAGGUUGGGAAAACUUUUGCUUCUGAGAUUGUGGCCACAAUUCUCAUUGAAUUGCAUAUGUCAGAAACUUGUUUGCGUUUUAGAGAAAACAAGGAGACCAAGAGACAUGUAGUGAACUCAGUCACGUGCGGAGAUUGCAUAUGCCCAACACAUUAUCUUUUUGGGAUCAAAUUCGAUGCUCAAUUCAGCUGUAGGUGUGGGAAGUCCUCCGGUGAAUACCUGUAUACCACACUUUUCCAUAAACUUGAUGCCGGUUCACCUCAAACAGCAAAGAUCAAGUCCUUUGCAGAGCUUCCGGUUCUAUUGGAUGAACAGUUUCGCGAGGACAACAAAUGCGACCAUUGUGGAAGUCUGCAGAAUAUUGAUCUCUUUCUUUCAAACACACCACACUUCUUUACAAUAGUUUUGAACUGGCUGGGUGGCAGUGAAAGCCAGGACGCACUAUCUGAAGUUCUGGCUGGCAUCACGUCUCCCCUUGACACUGAGUUCUUUUGCAGAAGUGCUCAUUCUGCAGCUAUGUAUGCUGUCACCUCCAUGAUCUGCUAUGUUGAUGACCGCUACGUCUGCUUUGCUCGCGACGAGGACAAGUGGGUCAUAUAUGGCUUCGAGACUGUCGAGAGAGAAGAUAGUUGGGAGCAUUUGCUAGAACGUUUCAAGGACUGCAAGCUCCAGCCUGAAGUUCUAUUUUUCGAGGUCAUCAAGUAGACUGUUGUAUAGCUUUGCAGAAUGCAAACCUCUGUCUGACGAUCAGAGCCAACUCUGGACCCAGUUUUUUUUUGUUUCAUUGCCACCACUUUGAUGCUGUUUGGCUUGGUCACUCUGACAUUGAAUACAGGUAAAUUCUUCA